AUGUUCCCUUCGAUUGACCGCAAAUUGGCGAGCUGGAGCUUGCUCGUCGCGACUGCCCUACACAAUGGGUUGACCGUCCACGCCCAGAAAGAAGCACCAUCCGCCUCUGACUUCCUCCGCCGCAGCCAGCAUGGCUCGGUAGUGGUAGGCGACUUCCUCUACAUUGACGGCGGCCAGCUCUCGCAAAACAUCAGCGGCGAGCUCGACACCAUCGUGCCGCGCGUGCAAAACGCCACGCUCUCCAUCGACCUGCGCAGCUCCUGGACGAACGACUCGGUCGAAAUGACAACAAUCGACCGGGGCGACACGCCCAUCCUCACCUUCCCGUCGCUCUGGGCCUCCGAGAGCUCUUCCUCCUUCUAUCUCUGGGACGGCAUGCGCGCCCCGGGCAACGCGGUGCCCAACCUCGGCGUGUGGAAGUUCACGGCCGACGAUUCCGGCAGCGGCGAGUGGUCCAAGGUCGGGCAGAGCGACCUCGCCACGUUCAACAGCCUGACGCGGCCGGUGGGCGGGUACAGCGCGGUGUUGAGCGAAGAAGUCGCCUUCUACGCCGGCGGCUUCACCUCGUCGUCGACGGACCCGGCCGUCGACACGGACUCAGAGGUGCCCGUGCCGGGCAUCGUGUCGUACAACUUCUCGUCGGGCGCAUGGACGAACGGCAGCGCCGCCGGCUUCACGACGUAUGGCACGCAGAUGUGGGGGAAGGCGGCAGCAGUACCCUUCGGCGACCCUGGUGGAUUGCUGAUAUUUCUAGGUGGCGAGAGCGGCAGCCGCACCGCGCUGUCCAACGCCGCGGGCCAGCUCGACCUCGACACCGUCGCCGUGUACGAUCCGGCGGCCGAUAAUGGGACGUGGUACAGCCAGGUCGCGACGGGCGACGUGCCGAGCACGCGCGACGGCUUCUGCCUCGUCGGCGCGCAGGACGUGAGCGCUGCGGGCACGAAUGGCUCCUACGAGCUCUUCCUGUACGGCGGCUGGAACGCGGGCGACGGCGGCGCUACCUACAACGACACGUACGUCCUCAGCCUGCCCGCCUUCCGCUGGUUCCGCGGGCCCGACGCCAGCGCCGCGCGCCUCAAUCACGGCUGCCAUGCUGUCGGGAAGGGCCGCAGGCAGUUCGUCAGCGUCGGCGGCGCGGAUAAUAACGUCGAGACGGCGGAGCGCUGGACCGAUGCCGAUCCGUGGAAGCAGGGUUUGGGCGUGUUCGAUAUGACGGAGAUGCGGUGGACGGCGAGCUACGAUGCGGACGCGGCGGCGUACGAGGUGCCGAGCGUGGUGAGGGAGUGGUAUCAGGGGGGAGACGCGGAGCCGGAGUGGAGCUCGGAUAGUGUGAAGGCCUUGUUUGCGAAUGUGACCCGCACCACUGCCUCCUCCUCUACCCCCUCCGCUUCCUCCACCGUAUCCUUGUCUUCCUCGUCCGGCUCCACGAACCACACCGGCGCUAUCGUGGGCGGCGUCGUCGGUGGCCUCUGCGGCCUCGCCCUCAUCGGUCUCGCAUUCUUUCUUCUCCGCCGCCAUCGCAGCCGCAAACAGCAAACACCUGCCAUCGCGACGAAUGUAAAAGCAGCUGGUCAUUAUCCACACGAAUUGUCGGCAGGGCAGGAAAGGAUGGAGUUGCCGGUGCAGGAGGUCAAGGAGAUGGAGGGGGAUUAUGGAGUGCAGAAGUUUGGUGCGGUGAAGAAGGACCAACAGCCGGUGGAGAUGGAGGGCACGCCAGGGGAGGUGGCGGAAUUGGAUGGGGGUGGGGUUGAAGGAGAGAAGAGGGAUGGCGGGGAGAGGGGGCCCGAGUGGAGGUGA